AUGGCCGGUGUUGUCCGACAACCUAUCGAUGUGCCCGCCUUGGAGCGGUAUCUCAACCAGAAUGUCCCGAGCGUAAAAACGCCAGUGGAUGUGAAACAGUUCGGCUUCGGUCAAUCGAAUCCAACCUAUCUGCUUACCGCAGCCGAUGGGCAAAAAUGUGUCAUGCGGAAGAAACCCCCAGGAAAACUGCUCUCGAAAACUGCCCAUCGGGUAGAGAGAGAAUACCAAAUCAUUCACGCACUCGAACAGACAGACGUACCAGUUCCCCGGACCAUUUGUCUGUGUGAAGAUGACAGCGUUAUCGGCACAGCGUUCUAUAUCAUGGAAUUCCUCGACGGACGACAUUUUGUCGACCCUGCUAUCCCUGGUGUUGACGCCCAAGAAAGAAACGCAAUAUGGAAAGACGCAGUCCGCACCCUCGCCAAAUUCCACCGCGUGAACCCCAAGUCAAUCGGCAUGGGAGGCUUUGGGCGACCCGACGGCUUCUACGAUCGCCAAAUCAAUACCUUCACCACCAUCUCUCAGACGCAAGCCAAGGUCGUAGAUGUCGACACCAAGAUCCCAGUCGGUGAAAUCCCGCACUUUGGCGAAAUGGUGCGUUUUUUCUCCACAAAGGCAACCCAACCGCAGGACCGCGCCACUUUCGUCCACGGCGACUACAAAAUCGACAACAUGAUCUUCCACAAAACUGAGCCCCGCGUCAUUGGCGUCCUCGAUUGGGAAAUGGCCACCAUCGGCCACCCGCUCUCGGACCUCUGUAACCUCACUAGUCCUUAUGUGCACGUUGGCACUGCCCCGAGUGUCUCUGAUGCUGUUCAUUUCUCUCCUGACACUGUCCCUGGUCUGCCUAAACGCGAUGACGUGAUUGGGUGGUAUAGCGAGGUUGCUGGAUGGGACCCUCGGGGUGAGUUGACGUGGGGCGACGCUUUCCAUGGCUUCAGGGGCUCUGUGAUUAUGCAGGGUAUUGCAGCGCGGUAUGCACUGAGGCAGGCAAGCAGUUCCCGGGCCAGUGAUUAUGGUAAACAGAUGAGACCGUUUGCCUUACUGGCAUGGGAGAGGGUGAAGAAGUUGCAGGAGGAGGCAGAUCGUAAGGCGAGGCUUUGA